CUCACUAGGAUGGUUUAUGGAGCUAAAACGCGAAAGUCAAGCUAGCUAACAGGAGGCCAAGGUUUGCUGACGUGAUAGUGCAAGCUAAAAACAAACUUGAAGCUGAAAGUCUCCCAAUCGAUUGCUAGUGUGCUAACUGCAGAGUAUCAGCAGACAAACCAAAAUGAGUCUGGAUAAAGCAAAGCUAUGCGAUUCGUUACUAAAUUGGGUAAGUUUUACAAAGUUAAAUAUGAAUGCCAAGUUAGGUAACGUUAACUGGGAUAGUUUGCUACCUAAGCUAGCCAGACUGAGUCGUCAUCCAAAGCGACCUCUCGCUAGCAGUGAAAUGUAGCUCAAAGGUGGCGAUAUUAAAUUAGGUGUUAACAAUUAAACGUAGAUAGGCAUUUGAUCGUUAAUAGUGCCUUUAACCAGCUCAAAUUAAAAAAAACAUACUUAGCUAGCUGUCACUAUGAAAUAAAGUUAGAUAACUGUGCUAACUAGCUAGCUAAAUUGUUUUGGUUGUCUACUGUCCACAUCAGAAAUUGUCUUCGUGGACAAGCUCCAAAGUUUCCAGCCAGCAACUGAGCUAGCCACUAUCUAAUGCAAUCAGUACAAAGGUCUAACCAAGCCCCAGCAAGCCAAAGUCACUCUCCUAGCUAGCCCCCAGCUGACUUUCUCAAGUUUAAAAACUCCGCCAUGAACCCUCCAAAUAUAGGUUGGUUAGGCUAUUUUAAAAUUAGCUAGAAAUGUGUAAUGACCUCUUAACUUGCAUUACAAACCACUUGCCAGCUAAAUAGCUAGCUGAGGUCUAUCAUUUAGUGGUUAGCAAACACUUUAGCUGUACAGACAAACAGAAGUAGAAUGGCUUUCCAGCACUUCUAGAAGCCACAAUCAAUCAAAUGUAUUUUAUAAAGCACUUUUUUAUCAACAGUUGUCAGUGAUAGAUACCCAGCCUAAAACCCCAAAUAGCAGGCAAUUUGCCCCACGUAUUGGCAGUAGCAUUGAUUGUCAUGUGAAGUAGAAUAAAUGAAGACUAUUUUUUAAAUAAAAAUAAUCACUAACAAAUGUUCUUCUCAUUCCUCAUGUCCAACCCUUCCAGCUACAGACAUUUCAGGUGCCCUCAUGCACCAGCAAGCAGGACUUGACAAGCGGAGUGGCUAUUGCACACGUUCUACACAGGAUGUAAGGGCACAACCUGUUUUUUGUGUGUUUUGAGGUUGGUGAUAAUGGUGGUGGUGGGUUAACACAAAUCACAUCAAAUUUUAUUUGCCACAUGCGCCGAAUACAACAGGUGUAGACAUUACAGUGAAAUGCUUACAAGCCCUUAACCAACAAUUCAGUUUUUAAGAAAUAAAGUGUCAGGUAAAAAAUAGAUAAGUAAAACAUAAAAAUAAUUAAAGAGCAGCAGUAAAAUACAAUAACAGUAGGGAGGCUAUAUACAGGGGGUACCAGUACAGAGUCAAUGUGCGGGGGCACCGGUUAGUCUAGGUAAUUGUGGUAAUAUGUACAUGUGGGUAGAGUUAAAGUGACUAUGCAUAAAUAAUAAACAGAGUAGCAGCAGCAUAAAAGAGGGGGUUGGGGUGGGGGGGGCAAUGCAAAUAGUCAGGGUAGCCAUGAUUAGCUGUUCAGGAGUCUUAUGGCUUGGUGGCUUGGGGGUAGAAGCUGUUAAGAAGCCUUUUGGACCUAGACUUGGCGCUCCAGUACCGCUUGCCGUGUGGUAGCAGAGGGAACAGUCUAUGACUAGGGUGGCUGGAGUCUUUGAUCAUUUUAGGGCCUUCCUCUAACACCUCCUUGUAUAGAGGUCCUGGAUAGCAGGAAGCUUGGCCCCAGUCAUGUACUGGGCCGUACGCACUACCCUCUGUAGUGCCUUGCGGUCGGAGGCCGAGCAGUUCCCAUACCAGGCGGUGAUGCAACCAGUCAGGAUGCUCUCGAUGGUGCAGCUGUAGAAUUUUUUGAGGAUCUGAGGACCCAUGCCAAAUCUUUUCAGUCUCCUGAGGGGGAAUAGGCUUUGUCGUGCCCUCUUCACGACUGUCUUGGUGUGUUUGGACCAUGAUAGUUUGUUGGUGAUGUGGACACCAAGGAACUUGAAGCUCUCAACCUGUUCCACUACAGCCUUGUCGAUGAGAAUGGGGGCGUGCUCAGUCAUCUUUUUUUUCCCUGUAGUCCACAAUCGUCUCCUUUGUCUUGGUCACGUUGAGGGAGAGGUUGUUAUCCUGGCACCACACGGCCAGGUCUCUGACCUCCUCCCUAUAGGCUGUCUCAUCGUUGUCGGUGAUCAGGCCUACCACUGUUGUGUCGUCGGCAAACUUAAUGAUGGUGUUGGAGUCGUGCCUGGCCAUGCAGUCAUGGGUGAACAGGGAGUACAGGAGGGGACUGAGCACGCACCCCUGAGGGGCCCCCGUGUUGAGGAUCAGCGUGGCAGAUGUGUUGUUACCUACCCUUACCACCUGGGGGCGGCCCGUCAGGAAGUCCAGGAUCCAGUUGCAGAGGGAGGUGUUUAGUCCCAGGGUCCUUAGCUUAGUGAUGAGCUUUGAGGGCACUAUGGUGUUGAAAGCUGAGCUGUAAUCAAUGAAUAGCAUUCUUACGUAGGUGUUCCUCUUGUCCAUGUGGGAAAGGGCAGUGUGGAGUGCAAUAGAGAUUGCAUCAUCUGUGGAUCUGUUGGGGCGGUAUGCAAAUUGGAGUGGGUCUAGGGUUUCUGGGAUAAUGGUGUUGAUGUGAGCCAUGAGCAGCCUUUCAAAGCACUUCAUGGCUACAGACGUGAGUGCUACGGGUCGGUAGUCAUUUAGGCAGGUUAUCUUAGUGUCCUUGGGCACAGGGACUAUGGUGGUCUGCAUGAAACAUGUUGGUAUUACAGACUCAGUCAGGGACAUGUUGAAAAUGUCAGUGAAGACACUUGCCAGUUGGUCAGCACAUGCUCGGAGUACACGUCCUGGUAAUUUGUCUGGCCCUGCGGCCUUGUGAAUGUUGACCUGCUUAAAAGUCUCACUCACAUCGGCUACGGAGAGCGUGAUCACAUAGUCAUCCGUAACAGCUGAUGCGCUCAUGCAUGCUUCAGUGUUGCUUGCCUCGAAGCGAGCAUAGAAGUGGUUUAGCUCGUCUGGUAGGCUUGUGUCACAGGGCAGCUCACGGCUGUGCUUCCCUUUGUAGUCUGUAAUAGUUUUCAAGCCCUGCCACAUCCGACGAGAGUCAGAGCCAGUGUAGUACGAUUCAAUCUUAGUCCUGUAUUGACUCUUUGCCUGUUUGAUGGUUCGUCGGAGGGCAUAGCGGGAUUUCUUGUUAGUUGCACACUGACAUUUUGAUUUGGGCCUUCAGUUAACCACUUUGAAUAGAGCCUGAUCAGAGCAAAUUCAAUCAUCUAUUCAAAAGCCUUUUUGUAAAGUUAGCGGAUGGGCUGUUAGUCUGUUUUAUUUAUAUUCCUACGCUUGAUAGGGAAUAGGUCUACAUUUCUCAAGGCCUUGGUCUGGCAGAUUGUGCCUAGGUGUGAUUUUGUGCAAAGGCUUGUCCAUUUUAGGGUACUGUCUGUCCAAGCCAAAUGACUUUCAUACCUCAUCUGCUGUAGUAUAUGUGUGCCUUUCUGUCCACACACACCACACCACACAGAAAUGUAUCUGUUUUUGUGUCGAACUGGAAACAAGCAGUGUUUUUAUCUGAAGGCUAGUUGAAUUGGGUAAUGGAAAUUCUAUGAUGCCUGUCUUUAUAUGAUAACUCCAUAUCUGGCCUCAAGCAAGUUUCCAAUGAUGGCUUGCUUGUUGUGACAUUCAUUGAGAGUAUGACAUUAGGGAGUUUGCAUUUUCCAGUUUAGAAAUACUCUUGCCUGUGGCUUCCUGUGUAUUGAAUGUCCCUAGAAUAUGUCUUGUUAAGUGUUUCAUCUCGUUAACAGAGACCCCUCCUGGUUUAAUGAGGCAUGGCUGGGCAGGAUCAAGGAGGAGAGUGGGGACCAACUGGCGCCUCAAGGUGCAGUAUGAGACAGAAGGAUAUGACACAGUGCCUCUAGGUUGUCACCUAGGCAACUUAGUGACCACUGGCCUCACUGUUAAAGAUGGUGUAUUUUCACCAAGGCAAAGAUGCCUUUAUUCUCCAGCUCAGAUUUAUUUCAUGUUCCUCCAGGUCAGCAACCUGAAGAAGAUUCUUCAGAGCAUGCUUGAGUACUACCAUGAUGUGAGUAAAGGCUUUUCCUCAUUGAUGAUCAGAAGGAAGGGAUGGAUGGUAUAUGCACGUUUCCUGCAUUUUCUUUUAUGAGCUCAAUCUCCUCCAGAAGUUCCUCAGUGUUUCCACCUAUCUUAGUCCAUUUGAAAUGUCAUUGCUAUAUGCAUAUAUUUUCUCACAAUCCCCCAUUGUCUCCAUCCCUCCAUGAACAGGUGCUUGGCCACCAGGUAGCAGACAAGCACCUGCCAGACAUCAAUCUGAUUGGGGAGUUUGGAGAUGUGACUGAACUUGGCAAGCUGGUUCAGCUGGUGCUUGGCUGUGCUGUCAGCUGUGAGAAGAAGCAAGGUGAGCUAGCUGGGAUAGAGAAGGCCCUGCUGGGUAACAGGAAGCCACCUAUGGAGAAAAUGCAGGAUUAACUGGAGUUAAAUCAUAACAAAUGAAAACAAAUGUCUGUAGUUAGCCACAGGUUAAUGCAAUGACCUGAUUGUCACAUGAGUUGAUAAACUGAGCAUUCACUGGUUUGUUCCUACAAAGCCCCAACCAUGUACUGUAUACAGAUUAUGAUAAAACAGAGUUUUAAAAGACAAUGUGAUCCUCAGAGGAACAAGCUAGUGGGUCUGAUAUGUGAAUGCAGGAGAAACCGUUGCACUGUGUGUAAAGCAGUGUGUUUGAGUGUCUGGCUGUCAGAUGUGGACGUGAUAUUCAGUGGACACUUCCUGUAUGAUGUUUUUUCUCAUAGAGCAAAUCCAGCAGAUUAUGACCCUGGAGGAGUCCGUCCAGCACGUCGUCAUGACAGCCAUACAGGAGGUGAGUGGUCAAAGCCUUUUGGACAUUUUCUUUUGUAGAUCUGUCUGUCCUCUUGUGAGAUUGCACCUAAAAGCACAAUUCAUUGCUCCCUGAAACCUUUUCGAUAUUUAAUAGAAAUAUACACUAUAAAACAGGCAAUAGCUCCAUUAUUGUCCUGCUUACCUCUAUAUUGACAAUGGGUUUCACCAUGUGAUCUGUCUUUCUGGAGUUUGAACCAGCCAUUGACUGUAUUUUGUUGUUGUGGUGUAGCUCCUAGCUAAAGAGCCAACUGUUCCAGGAAGUCCUGAGACCUAUGGGGACUUUGACUACCAGGUGGGACCCGCUCUCUUUUUACCCUGCUUCUCUGAAUAUAUGGAACUUUCACUCCCCUGCAAGUUGGUUUUGUCUCUAUUCUUCAAUUGCUAUCUCAUUUACAUGUCUUUUGUGGUCUCUCUCUCUCUCUCUCUCCCCCCUUUCGUGUUCUCUAGCUCCCUCUGUGCUGUCUAUAACCUCCCUUGUGCCUCUCUCUGUGUCUCCAGUCCAGGAAGUAUUAUUUUCUCAGUGAGGAGGUGGAAGCGAAGGAGGAUCUGGGCCAGCGCUGUCGGGACCUGGAGCACCAGGUGGGCAGAGAGGACUGUUUGUUAGUUAGCAUGCGGAGUGUGUAACUGCAGCUCUUUGCCAUGAGUGAAUUGAUCCUAUUUAUUCGCUUGGCUAAGGAUUGUUGUCCAGUCUGACUGAUUCCUCCUGAUGGUUUGUUGUGUAAAAUGUGCAUAGAGAGUGAUGGAGGACUCUUCUUUGUAUCUGUCCCAUUAUGGCGUCUCUGAGUGCACGGGCAGCACCAUUGGGGCCAACUCCAUUUUGAAGAGUGGAGGCUGGUGGGAGGAACUAUAGGAGGAUGGGUUCAUUGUAAUGGCUGUUAUGGAAUAAAAGGAACAGAGUCAAACAUGUGGUUUCCAUAUGUUUGUGUUUGAUACCGUUCCAUUUAUUCCAUUACAAUGAGCCUGUCCUCCUAUACCUCCUCACACCAGCCUCCACUGAUUUUGAAGUAGUCAAUUUUCUUCUACUAUUUCUAUGAGUUAGUAAACAAACUGAGCGGGUGCAUACUGCCACCUGGAGUGUGUUGUUUGAACAGGUAUAAAGCCAAGAUUGGCGAUGUACUGCCACCUGCAGUUAUGGAAUGUUUGCUCACAAAUAUAAUUAAUUGGCUGAUCCCUCCUGAUGUCCUGGAUGGAAUUAUGUGAUCCUUCCUUAACCCAUAUGAAGUCCCACCUAGUUGACUACUUCAAAAUUGUGAAACUUCUCAAUGGCGCUGUACAUGCUAAAAUAGGCCUUUUGGGUACUAGAGUCCUCUAUUAUUCUCUAUGAAACGGUGCUAACUGUGCUACUAAUGCUGCCUCUGAUUAGGCAAUGUCAUUGGGUACAUAUACUUAAGUCAUUGAUCCCCAAUAAUUACAUUGCAUUUAGCUUAGUAUUUAGGAUUUGAAGGCAAUUACCACUGUGUUAUGCAUUCAGCACAUUUCUUAAUAUGUUAACAUAUUCAACACAUUAAGAAUUUCUCAGUAGUUUUUGUAGUUCUUUACUUUCUCCCUGGUAUGAUGCUAAAGCAAGCCAUUUGUCCUUAAAGUUCAGUGUAGGGUUUUGCUGUGCUCAAACUGGAAAGAUGUCCAACGGGUAAGUAAUAGAUACCCCCUUUUUAAUAUUGGAAUGCCCGCUUGCCUAACCCACAUAAACAUAGUCAGGGUGGACGUUUUACCCUAAACCACCAAACAACAUUCUUGUCCAUGUAUGAUAACCCCAAGGAUAGUUCCUCUUUCUCUCAUCAAGCCUCACUAGCUUGAAUCCUUAAUCAACAUCCCUUUCUGAACCCACUCUCCAGUCUCCCCACUUUGUAACAGUUAGUCAGACUGUCUCAGACCUCUGUUUUUCUAGUAAUUUCUGUCAUGAGCGCCUGGUUGUGACCUUGGAGGGGUAAUGCUAACAACUGCUCCAUUGAGAAAGUGGCCCACCCGACUGAGAACAUAGCAGACCAGCUGACUAACUGUGCUUUGAUGUUUGUGCAUGUGAAGUUACCACCAAACCCUCAUUAAAAAAAACAACAACAUUGCAUGUGUUGCAAGAAAUGUGCAGUGUCUGUUGCUGGAUAUGCGAGUGUGGCUCUUUUCUUUGCCACUUGUGGAAUGUCUUUUUUGUGUUCAGCAUUUUCAUGAGUAAAUGAGGUUUUUUUGGGGGGGGGCAGUGUUCGGCAUUUUGAAGAAUGUGUCUUUUUUAAAAUCUGUGCUCCGCACUUUCUAUGUCUCAAUGUGUGACUGUUUGUUCGUUUGUCUCUAGGUCUCCUCCCUCUCUAGCCUUGGUUACAUGCCAUGUGUGUCUGGUUCUCUCUCUGUGCCCUCUCCACCCCUGACUAUAUCUGUGUGUGUUUGAUCCUCAGUUGGCAGCCGUCCUGGAGGAGAAGUCGUCCCUGCAGGUGGAGACACAUUCCCUUAGGGAGAAGCUCAGCCGCUGUGAGCCACAGGACGCUUCCACCACCAUCACUGGCAAGAAGCUGCUGCUGCUACAGAGCCAGAUGGAGCAGCUACAGGAGGAGAACUACAGGUCAGAGUCAUGCCCUCAACACAGACCUCCAGACUAAAUACAUUCUACUCUGUACCUGUACUCUUUUGAUACAAUUAAUUGAUCAUUUUCUAUUUGCCCCCUGUUUGUGACACAGACUAGAGAACAGCCGAGAUGACAUGCGUGUGCGAGGGGAGAUCCUGGAGCGUGAGGUUUUGGACAUCACUCACCGCAACGAGGAGCUGACCAGCCUCGCCCAGGAGGCCCAGACCCUCAAAGAUGAGAUGGACAUCCUCCGGUGAGCCCAGGGGGAGAGCAGCCUCUCAGUAGUCUGUUGUCUCCUAUCCUUCUCUCCUUCCCUUUCCUCUUGCCCCAUCCUCAAAACGGCUUCCCCAUCUCACCCUCUCACCUCCCACAGGCACUCGUCUGACCGGGUGAGCCGGCUGGAGGCACUGGUGGAGAUGUACAAGCGUAAGCUGGAGGACCUGGGGGACCUGCGCAGACAGGUGCGUCUGCUGGAGGAGCGCAACACUGUCUACAUGCAGCGCACAUGCGAGCUGGAGGAGGAGCUACGCAGGGCCAACUCAGUCCGCACCCAGCUGGACACAUACAAGAGACAGGUGGGCAGAGAGGGCUAGAGAAUGGGGGAGGGUUAACAAAGGUGUGGCGAUGGAUGUGUGUAUGACAUAGGAUGCUAUGAACUCUCUUCAGACCCUGAAUGUGUUUGACUCCCUGCUGUCAGGUCCAUGAGCUUCACACCAAGCAUUCAUCAGAGGCACUGAAGGCUGAGAAGUGGCAGUUUGAGUACAAUAACCUUCACGACAAGUAUGAUGCCCUGCUCAAGGAGAAAGAGGUGAGAGAGAGGACCUGCGACAACUCCUCUCCAGACAAAGAUGUAUUACUUACAAGGGCAUGUCGUCAAAGUGGAUAUGGAUUUAAAAUCUGUGAAAUUCUGAGGCAGUCACUUUGAACACUUAUAGUAGUAUCACAUUGAGUGCAAUCUAAUGUUAUCCCAAUGUGUUUUCCAGCGUUUGAUCUCAGAGCGAGACACACUGCGGGAAACCAAUGAUGAGCUCAGGUGUGCACAGGUCCAACAGAAGGGCCUCAAUCAACCAGGUGAGUCCAUUGAACACAACUAACACCCUGAAUCCUCAGUUUUUCUAAAUAACAAGAUGGUGCAGGUUUUUUUUUGGUCCUUUUGUGGCAGUUGAUAAGACUACUGUCAAAGCAAAUGUGAUAUAUUUUCACCUGACAUCUUGGCUCUCUCUCUCCCAUUCAGGUGGAUUAUGUGAGGACUCUGGCACAUUGGGAAACCUGGCCUCUGAGAUGAUGCCCACAGAGUUCAAGUAUGUGAGAGUGUGUACACGUGAACGUGAUCGCUUCUCUGUUAUGUGUUAUCUAUCUGACCUAUCAAUAGACAUACAGUGGUUCAGAAUUCAAUUGCUCAUCAAUGUGCCCCAUAUACAUUUUCAACUGUAGGCUUGUUUGCUUGCGCUUGUUAGCAUUUAGCUAGCGUCCGCUAUGGGAAUUCGCUAGUGCUUUGUUAGCAUUUGUAAGCGUUUGGACAGAAAUUAUGCCCUUUGUGUGCACUGCCGUUAAUACCGUAAACCCGGUAUGGUUCAGGAACUAUAUGAAUGUAUGGAAAUCUGGAUACCGCCCAACCCUAGUGUUCAGCUGUGACAAAUGGCAAAGAUCUUAUUCCUCAGCCACACUCUAUUUUUAGAACCAGAAUGUGCCAUUGGCUCCAUGAAUAGAAUGGCUCCCAGUCAGAUGGCACUGCUGUUAAAUUGGCUGAGGCGGAGUUGAAUAGUUAUUUUGGUGUGUAGUGUACAGACCUUUGCCUCUCUGCCCCACUUCCCUGCCUUCUCUCUGUGACCCCAUCCCUUCUGCUUCCUCCACAGGGAGACGGUGGUGCGUCUGCAGAGUGAGAACAAGAUGCUGUGUGUCCAGGAGGAGAGCUACAGACAGAGACUGGUGGAGAUACAGGGUCAGCUGGAGGAGUCUCAACGCAGCCAGAACACCCUGGAGACACAAAACAGGUGUGUGUGUAGCCAUGCGUAAAAAAUUAUAAUCAUCUAUACGAAUACCACUGCAUCUCAUCCACAAAAGUAAAAUGAAGUGUUUUUAGUUCUGCACAUUGUGAUUUGAAUGUAUGUAUCAAGGUCAAUCAGUGCCAAUAUUAGUCACAGUAUAUAUUGCCAGAGUUUCUGUUUGAGUUUCACAUUUGGCUAAAAGGAGGAGUGAUCUAGCUAAAUGUCAGCUCACCCUCUGGUCUGUGUGUUGAGUUGUGUUGUGUUGUGUGGGCCGGAGCGGAGGAUGGACAGCAAUGGGCCAGAUUGUCCCCCAGCUGUCCGUACAGCGUGUGUGGGGGCUGUUUUUCUGAGUGGACCGUGUGUGACGAUGGGUCCAGAGUGUGGGAGGCAGGCAGGCAUCUUCAGCAGGAGGAGGAGGAGGAGGAGAGCGUCCUGAUCUGUGGAGUACGAGUAUGGCUGAAGUGGCUCAAUCUUCCCCUAAUUAACCACAACACACAGAGAGGAGAGGGGAGUGGGUGGGCGGGACACUGCUAGAAUGGAUUAAUGCAGCGGUUGAUGUGACCUUGUAUGCAUCGCCAGCCUCUUCCACCCACUCACAUCAUAACCAGCUUAAUGGUUUCUUCAUUCUCUCUUCCCUUCCCCUGCUCUCCCUCCUACUUUUCUUAUCCAUUCCUCUCUUUGUUCCAUCUCUCUCAUCUCUCCAGGUUGAACCAGCAGCAGAUCUCUGAGCUGCGGUCCCAGGUGGAGGAUCUCCAGAAGGCUCUUCAGGAGCAGGGCAGCAAGGCUGAGGAUGUGAGUGGAGAGACAGACCCUCCUCCUCAUUUACCCCUCCUCUCCUCCCCUAACAUCCUCUUACUCCUGUUACCUUGUCCAUACCAAUCACUGAGUGGACCCAGUCUUCUCCAAUCAAAGACGAUAGUAUACUGAAAAUGUAUAGGAAUCAGGAAUGGAAAUGACCAAUCUCUCUUAAUCGGUUUACCAUCUAUGGGUCUUAAUUCAAAUAUAUAUUUUGUUCUCUGUUUUUAAUCAUUUUAGGUAAUUUGUAGUCAUUAUAAUUGGAAAAAAGAGACCUAGACCUCAAUAUAGUCCUUGGCCCUUGAGGACUGUUGUAGAGUGUAUCCUUCUCUCCCCUCCGUUGACUGCCUGCCUGUGACUGUGCUCUCUGAGAUUUUGUGUGGGAACAUUAACCCUUGUUUGCUGUGUUGAUUCACCAUUAACGCCUGCCCCUCUGUCUCUCUCUGCCUGCCCCCACCGACCGACAUUCUGCCAAUCAGGCCAUCGUAAGUAUGGCCCAUCCCUGCCUGGGUUCUGAUUUGACUUUGACUACUUCAAUUGUGUAUUAUGCUUAUUAUUUGUGUCUGUCUGUCAGAAGUCUGUUUCUCAGUAGUUUGAGUGUUGACUUACUUUCUUCCUCCCUGUUCAGUCCUCCUUACUGAAGAAGAAGCUUGAGGAGCACCUGUGAGUACUAUUAUCACUGAUGCUUGUACACUGCACCUGUGAAGGGAAUAUUAUUAUCGCUCUGUAGAUUCUUGCACGUCCGGCUCCUCCAUGCUUUUCCUCUGUCCUCCUGCCAGGGAGAAGCUCCAUGAGGCCCACUCAGACCUGCAGAAGAAGAGAGAGGUCAUUGAUGACCUGGAGCCCAAAGCGGACGGCAACAGUAAGCAGCCUCUUAUUUCCUGCCCUUGGGAGCAGUGCUAUCAAAUAGUAUCAAUCUAAGAGCACUUUCAAGCUCUGAAAAUGCUGUUAAUAUUUCCUCUUCAACCUCCCUCCUGUCAGUGGCGAAGAAGAUCGAUGAGCUGCAGGAGAUCCUGAAGAAGAAGGAUGAGGACAUGAAGCUGAUGGAGGACCGCUACAAGCGCUAUGUGGAGAAGGCCAGGACGGUCAGUCAACACUCUGCCUGACACUAAACUCAUCUGUACAGCACAACAGUGCUUGGCUGCCAUCUUAAAUCUGAGUUGCCGAUAUCGUAAAAGAUUGUCAUGCACAUCGUGACAUGACUUUCUUAUAUACCCUUUGUUGGCAAUGACACAGGUCAAACAUUUUCUGUAAGUCUUCACAAGGUUUUCACACACUGUUGCUGGUAUUUUGGCCCAUUCCUUCAUGCAGAUCUCCUCUAGAGCAGUGAUGUUUUGGGGCUGUCGCUGGGCAACACGGACUUUCAACUCCCUCCAAAGAUGUUCUAUGGGGUUGAGAUCUGGAGACUGGCUAGGCCACUCCAGGACCUUGAAAUGCUUCUUACGAAGCCACUCCUUCGUUGCCCGGGCGGUGUGUUUGGGAUCAUUGUCAUGCUGAAAGACCCAGCCACGUUUCAUCUUCAAUGCCCUUGCUGAUGGAAGGAGGUUUUCCGUCAAAAUCUCACGAUACAUGGCCCCAUUCAUUCUUUCCUUUACACGGAUCAGUCGUCCUGGUCAAUUUGCAGAAAAACAGCCCCAAAGCAUGAUGUUUCCACCCCCAUGCUUCACAGUAGGUAUGGUGUUCUUUGGAUGCAACUCAGCAUUCUUUGUCCUCCAAACACGACGAGUUGAGUUUUUACCAAAAUGUUCUAUUUUGGUUUCAUCUGACCAUAUGACAUUCUCCCAAUCCUCUUCUGGAUCAUCCAAAUGCACUCUAGCAAACUUCAGACGGGCCUGGACAUGUACUGGCUUAAGCAGGGGGACACGUCUGGCACUGCAGGAUUUGAGUCCCUGAAGGCGUAGUGUGUUACUGAUGGUAGGCUUUGUUACUUUGGUCCAAGCUCUCUGCAGGUCAUUCACUAGGUCCCCCCGUGUGGUUCUGGGCUUUUUGCUCACCGUUCUUGUGAUCAUUUUGACCCCACGGGGUGAGAUCUUGCGUGGAGCCCCAGAUCGAGGGAGAUUAUCAGUGGUCUUGUAUGUCUUCCAUUUCCUAAUAAUUGCUCCCACAGUUGAUUUCUUCAAACCAAGCUGCUUACCUAUUGCAGAUUCAGUCUUCCCAGCCUGGUGCAGGUCUACAAUUUUGUUUCUGGUGUCCUUUGACAGCUGCUGAGAAAUUCCACACCAGGUAUAUGUGUGUGUAUGUGUUCAUUGUGCAGGUGAUCAAGACUCUGGACCCCAAGCAGCCGCCUCUGACUGUGUCCCCUGACGUCCAGGCCCUCAAGAACCAGUUGACUGAGAGAGACCGGAAGAUCCAGCACCUGGAGGUAAGCGCCACCCUUCAUUGACUGAGAGAAUGCAGAUGAGUGGUGCAUUGUCUGACCCUCCAUAUGCAUGAACAACUCCUCUGUGUGCAGCAUGACUAUGAGAAGAGCAGGUCCAGUCAUGACCAGGAGGAGAAACUCAUCAUAAGUGCCUGGUACAACAUGGUGAGUAAGCAAACCUCUGUCCGAAUGUGCCUAAUCUACAUAGUAAAUUAUUAAAGCAGUUGGCAUUAUAUGGUGCUACAAUGCAAGCAGUGCAAUGACUUGUAUAAUGGUCUUGGUUUUUCUGGUAGUAAGACAUUUACCUUUCUUAUGUCUCUAUUCCUCUCUCCCAGGGUAUGGCCCUGCAUCAGAAGGUGGUGGGGGAGCGGUCGGGUCCGUCCAACCAGGCCCAGUCCUUUCUGGCCCAGCAGAGGCAGUCCACCCACGCCAGGAGAGGCCUCGCAGCCCGCCACCAGCCCAGAUAAGACAUAUCCACCCUGGGGGAGGAUGUGCUGAGGAGAGUGGAGAUGAGGAAUGUAAAGGAGGCAAGACAUUGUCUAUAUCUGAGUGUUCAUUUCUUCCACACUCCUACUCACUGCUCUGAUGCCUUGACGUCUCCUCUGGGUGUUUUGUGAAGAUUGCUGCUGCUGCCCCCUGCUGGUCAUUCCUGGUACAGGAUCUUCUGGAGCAUCAGCGAUGCAGAGCUACUUACUGCACCUUCAAGUGCAUUCAAAGCUGUUAGGACUCAUUUGAACAAAGAUGAGAGAAAUGGGUCUAAAUGAGAGCUGGAAUGAAGGAACAUGAAGUGGAUAGAAAGAAGCUGAGCAACUAAUCCUUUGUCAUAGAUUUCUUAGACAAUGUUUUUAGCUAUAAUGUAUUAUGUUUUCUAAAGGUUUAGAUUAGGACAUUAUGAGAAUCAAUGCUUUGGAAGGCCACAGUGAUGACGAAGAUGGAAAGGGAUGAUUUAUGCUGUCAAUAGGGUAGGGGUCUUUACCUUCCCCUCCUACUACUUUUGAUAUAUUUUCACCCUUAUUGUCCGGUCCACUGUCAGGCUAAAUAGAUAUUAUCCUCUUACUGCGACUAUGACAUGGAAACACUAAUAAGAGAUGCCUAUGGGUUGGGAUCAUGGUGAAUUUGUACUAUUUGUAUUCAUUUGUGCCCAUGUCAUUUGGAUAUUGUGGCUUGUGCUGUGUCUCUGACACUUUUAAAUGUACAUGGUGAGAGAGACUGGUGAAGCGCUAGAACAGGGGUGUCAUCUGAAUCUGGAUUAAUUUUAAAAAACUCAAUAUACUUUUAAAUGGCUAAAACCAAAUUUGAAACUGUAGAAAUGAUAAUGGACCUACA